AUGGCCACGAGAACAGGAACUGCUGAAACUAGUAACAACUCUAGUAGGCUUAGCUGGUCGAGGUUCCGUCUACCGCCUUUGCAGACCCAAGUGCCAGAAGUUGAAGCAAAAAGGGAAGACAAGACCGGCAAAUCUGUUCGCAAACACAAGCGGAGACAUCGGGACAAGGCUGCGGCCAAGACAGAGACUUCCCAGCAGCCCAGGACGGCUGAAAAGAGCGCAAAGCUGUCUAGCAAGCCAGCGAACACAUGCGGACUCGAACGCGAUGAGAUCGUGAAGGGUGCUACCUACACGUGGUUGCGGAGCGGUCUUCUGGGCCGUGGCUCCGUGGGCACAGUUUGGAAGGCGAGGAUUGCCAGUACAGGGGAGACCGUGGCCGUGAAGGAGGUAGAUUUGGACAGUGAUUUGCAAGUCCCCAGUGAAAUCGCGAACGAAGUCGCCACUCACCGCCAGCUCAAUCACCCCAACAUUGUCAAGCUGCUUGGCACGGAUGCAGUACUAGCCAGAUACUACAUCUACUUGGAGUUCAUGGCCGGAGGGUCAUUGCGGCAGGUGUUGAAGCGUGAUGGGCCCUUGACAGAGGUCCAGAUCUGCAACUAUGCCUCCCAGCUCGUGAGUGCUCUGAACUACAUGCAUCGGCAGGCUGUACUACACAGAGACGUGAAGACUGGCAACAUCCUCCUUACGGAGGACAUGAAGUGCGUAAAGCUCGCAGACUUUGGGUGCUCAAAGAAGUCCAAAGUUAGCGCCAGACACACUUUUCGAGGAUCUGUUCUGUGGAUGGCCCCUGAGAUUAUCAAUGGUGAGAAGUAUGGUUGCAGAGCCGAUAUUUGGAGCUUUGGAUGCACAUUGAUUGAGAUGAUUACAGCCCAGCCCCCCUGGGGCAAGUUUUCCUCACAGAUGGCGGCCAUGAUGCACAUUGCUUGCAGCGACAAGUCGCCACCACUGGAAGAAGAGGUCAGUCCCCACCUGCGGGACCUGGUGAGCAUUUGCACGCAACGGGCUCCAAAGGAGCGCCCUCGAGCCUGCAAGCUUAUGAACCAUGACUUCUUGAAUUCGUGCGGCCGUGAGUUGCCGAUGGAACUUACUUGUACCAAGCUAUUGAUGAGCGUCAUGCAGGCUCACGCUGAGGGCCCCAAGGGCUCCCCCGAACUCCGCCGCUUGGCCAUGGAGGCACGGCAGCUGCUCCUGGACUUCCCGGUGAAGGUCCAACCGCCCGGGUGGAGGACUUGGGUCGCCAACUCUUGGUCGGGGCUGAAAGUUGCGCUCGGGACAGUCUGGGGCCUCCUGACGCUUGUGGUGUCGGUGUGCCAUGAUGUGGUGAGCAUCCUGGUCUUGGCGGCAACGGGUAAGGCAGAGGAAGCGGAGCCAGCAGAGGAUUCGGCGGCUGAACCUCGAGCCCCCAGCCAGCCAAAGGCACGCGGUCGCACUACCAAAAUGCGAAAACAACCGAGAGGGCCUUCAGCCGCCAAGGCAAGUGCCGCAGAGGAGGAGCAAGAAGAGGAGGAAGAGGAGGAAGCCCGAGGCGGCGUAGGAAGGCUAUCGCGCGAUAGCCGGAACCCGACAACUGUAGGUAGGAAGGCCGCCCACAGACCAUGCUUCGCAGACGCGCUGUCUCACAUGGCUGUGCAGAAGGCCGUUUCACUCGCCCGCACAAAACAUCGUGCAGCAGAGAUUGCUGAUGGCAAGGGACGAUGGACCGGAAGGCCGCAGGAGGAUCCAGGAGGCUCCUUUCCGGAAGGCGAGACUUCGGAGCACGGGGUGCCGGAGACCCCGGCCUCAGACCAGCAGCCCCAAGAGGAGGAGAAGAUCCGCGUCGCUCCCGGCCAGUCCCUGAAGCCUUCGACCACUGACGUGUUCGAGCGGCUCCACGCCUACCAUGCAGCAAGUCUGGAAAAGAAGGCGCUUCUGCAGAAGCUGGCGGCUCAGCAAGUCGAGGCCCAGGCCGAGUCGCUGAAGCGCUGCACGGUACGCACCUGCUCCUCAGAAGAGGAGGCCUUGCAGAUCUACGGGCGCUUGUAUCAGGAGGCGGCUCACCGGCGAAGGAGGCAGGUGGAGCGCGAGCAGGAGGAGACUCUGAGCUCACAGUGCUCCACCUCUUCCCUGAGGAGUCAGGUGGAGGGACCUCCACGCUGGGAGCAGCUGUACCACAGCGCGCCUCUCAAAGAGAAGCGUCUUGGGGAUGAACGGAAGCGAGCUGCGGAAGCGGAGGAGCGCUGGCUGGCGCAACACUGCAUCCAUCGCAGCAGCGACAAGACAGAGGCAUCAGAGAUCUUCGACCGACUUUAUGGCGAGAGCGAAAGCCGUGAGCGCCGCCGAGAACAGCGCAAAGCUGCAGAGGUUGCCUCCCAAGUGCGCGAGCUCGCUGAGAGCUCUGUCCACACCCGCACUCUUUCGGUAGCGGACUUGGAGCUCAGAACAAGGCGCCUCUAUGAAGACGGCCUGCAGCGACUGCAGAAACUGGAGCUGGGGGCCGCCGAAAGCCAAAGUGCUUUUCUCGCCUUCCUGCAGGAUGCGGGAACGAGCUUCCGAGAAAUGAAGGUUCUGUUCUUUGCUGCUCUCGCGGCACCUAUUGUAGAUUCGGCUGUGCUACUCAGAUCGCGGGAUCGCGCCUGGGACGCAAGCUCUGCAGAAGCCGAGCCUGCCGAUUGCAACGCUCCUUGCGCCUGGGACUGCGGCACUCCGGAGUGCAGUCAGUCUUGCAAAGCGGUCUGCCAGCCGCCCCGAUGCUUCACAGCAUGUAAGAAGCCACAGGAGCAGGACUGCCGGCACGUCUGCAAGGAUCCCAAGUGCACGGUGGUAUGUCCACCACAGACUUGCCAGUCAGAGAACUGCCCUCCGCCGGCAUGCAGUACUGUCUGCGGCGAAGCAGAGUGCCACAUGGAGUGCCCUGGAAGCGGGUGUGAGACCCGCUGCGAAGAUCCCGUGUGCCACUUCGACUGCAAGAUAGACAUGAAGACUUGCGUGAAGCCGGAUUGCAAGCUUACUUGCCAAGCCCUGGGCUGCCACAACAAGACUAUAGACCUGCCGUUCGCUUACCGGCUUGAGACGAAUGCGCAGACAAGCGCCGCAGCCGCAGCAUCUCCGGCAGCCAAGUCGAUCUCGGCAGCUGCAGAAGAGGGAGAAGUGGCAUGGAAGGGGCUCGCCAAG